CCCAAACGAUGAGUCACUCCUCCUUACUGGUAUAAAUCCCUCUUUUCAGGCAAUAUCUCGCCUCCUUGAAUGGUAAAAGGAACUUCACACAAAAUUAUCUUCACAGACUUACUAUGGCCACACGCAAACUCAUCUCUUCUGGUUCGGCCUUCGAGGCCAAAAUCGGCUACUCACGCGCCGUCGUCUCGGGGGACAUGGUCUUUGUGUCUGGGUGCACGGGCUACGACUACAAAACGGGCGCCAUCUCGGAAGACGUGGCCGCGCAGGCCGAGCAGACCAUGCAGAACAUUGCCGCGGCGCUGGCCGAGGCUGGGGCCAGUGUGGCCGAUGUUGUGCGUGUGCGGUAUAUCUUACCGGACAGGAGAGAUUUCGAGAAGACGUGGCCCGUCCUCCAAAAGUGGUUUGGCAACGUCCGGCCGGCGGCGACCAUGAUUCAGGCGGGGUUGAUGGAGGAAGUGAUGAAGAUCGAAAUUGAGGUGACGGCGAAGAAGGGAGCUGCUUCAGAGGAGGGGAAAACGCUGCUCUGAGGAUGCGCGGCCACUGGCAAUGCAGAUGAAUACCUCAUUAUCCUGUCUUUGUCUUCAGAACAACAACCAGAUGAGCGUAGCUAACAGCCGAUUACAGCCACAAUAUCCGAUUAUGCUAACAGGGAUUUGAAUCAGACAGCUAUACCCAGAUAACAUUGCCAUCAGCACGCCAAAAG